CAUCUGCGACUCGGGAAGCUUGAGUCUAACCAAGCUUUCUUCUGUUCAUAACCAACGUUUCCUUCUCCACCGCUCUACCCUUCACCUCCAUGAAAAAAUUCCGGCAGAUUCGAAGUGGUUUUCCCUCUCCGGUCCAAUGACAUGUUUGAUUACGACACUCAACGAGACGCGAGCUUCAAGGGCCACAUUUUCUGGUCCCUGCAGCGAUCCUCUGGAAUGCUACUAGUCAAGAGUUUUGGAGAGAUCGAAGCCGAGUACAUUGACCGGGUCUCGGAGUUCAUUGGGAUGGAGGUCGUCCCCGUCAGCCCGCUCGUGCCAGAUGACUCCGACAAUAAAGUGGUGAAAUGGUUGUACGAAAAAGAUCCCUCGACGGCCGUGGUGUACAUUUCAUUCGGGAGUGAGUCGUAUCUAUCGGCAGGGAGAGGAGGAACUAGGUCAGGCUCUGCUGAUUCUGGCGAAGAAAAGGUUGAAUUUCAUAUGGGUUCUGAGGUUUUCAGAAGGGGAAGCAAAACGUCCAACGGAAGCGUUGCCGGAAGGAUUCCUAGAGGCGGUGGGGGAGAGAGGAUACGUGGCGGUGGUUUGGGCUCCGUAGCGGAAGAUAUUGAGGCACCGGAGGGUGGGCGGGUUCGUCAGCCACUGCGGGUUGAGCUCGAUUUCGGAAAGAUAAAGUACGGAGUGCCGAUAGUGGCGAUGCCGCUGCAGAACGACUAGGGGAUGAAUGCGCAGUUGGUUGAGGAAGUUCGGGUCGAGAUGAAGGGUUGAUCGGAUUGACAGGGGAGAGGUGGCGAGGGUGAUUGAGCAAGUUGUGGUUGCAGAAAUUGGUAGCAGAAAUAGGGAUAAGACAAGGUAGAUUAGGGAUUGUUUGGUGGAGAAUGGGGAUGGACACAAGCUUCCUCGGUCGCAAUGUGAUUGAGCAAGUUGUGGUCCGUGACGUCGAGGAAUUAUAAUUAUAAUUUUUAGGUUUAUUUAUUUUUUAUUUUAUUGUGAUAAUGAGGUGAAAAUUAUAGAAAAUUAUUUUUUUAAAUUGCCACGUCACUUAUUUAACGGUCAACUUUCAGAGUUGACUGCCACGUCAGAUAAAGUUAACGGAGACUAACGGAGAGUGACCAAACUUGAACUGUUAAACUAAUCUUAGUGACCAUGAAUGGAAUAAACUAAUUGGUUGACGAUUCCAUAUCUUUGGGGUUUUUUGUUUUUUGCUCUUCAGUGUCUGGUGUUUGAGAAACCACUCUAUUGUCUUCAACGAACUCACCUGAAUCGGUAGCAUCCUUCGACUUACCCUCUAGCUAAACGUUGACUUCAUCAGAACUCGAUCUCUGUUCAUCCAUGGUAGGAAGCAAGGCUCCCAUCUGCACAAUCAUCAACAGUUUCCUCUGGGGAUAAAAGUUUCAAAAUGAAAACCUACUUCUGAUGCUUCAAUCGGAAGCUUUUGGACCUUCUGCUGACCAGAUGAACUCCACCAUCUUGGAACCAGGUUUGUCCCAACUCAAUUUGAUUUGUAAGCUUGUACACCACGUCUCACAAUACCCCGUCUUUAUAUUUUCCAAAUUCAAAUUUCACAGAAACCUUUCCAACCAUGAUGCUUGAAAUCUUCUCCUCAAUAAACUGUAGAACUUAUG